AUGUCAGCCAGCAACGAGAGCGCAACUCACCCAUUUACUGAUGCGGAAAUAGAGCACCGAAAGCGCUGUCUUGACCUCGAAUCCAAAGUCAGGAUAUCACAAGUGCUUUGUCAACCGGCACUCACUAACCCGGUCGAGCAGACAAGCACGUAUGUCGACAAGAGGGUUGAUUUGGCGCCACGGGCGGUAGCAACACGGGCUGAACUUGGAGUAAAUGAAGUAGUCGAAGCAUUCGAAAGGGCCUCAGUCGAAUCGGCUUCGGGCACUCGUCUCAUUGUAGCCAGGCCACCAUCUCGCCACGCCAGCGCCUUGGAUACCGGUACAAGCAGGCUGCCGUACACUAUUGGUGGUUGGGACUUGGUCAGCGUUGAGCAACGAAUCACGGAUGCCGACUUUGUCAUAUCCCUUACCUUCUAUGACCCUCCUCAAGAAAAUCCCUCUCCACGGAUGAUAGCCAACGCUUUACGGUGUCGCCUGUGUUACCAACCGCAGCGCGAUGAUUGUUAUCUCACCAAUGAGGAUAGUACGCGCCUUCGCGUCACCAAACUGGCCUCUCCGGAUGGCCCGCAAGAGGACAGUAAAUGCCUUGACCACAACAGAAGCUGCCUGGUUUCGACUGGAGUAUGGAGGAUCUCCUUUAUCGAGACGGAAGAGCAGCAUCUUGUGGAGUUUUUGCUCCUUCGGAGGCAAUUUGUGGUAUGCCCAAUUUAUUUACCAAAUAAGCGGUCGCUGGACGAAGCCGAAUUAGUCGGCGGGCGAAGCAAAUCGACCGAAACUAGCAAGCAACCCGCCCCUUUACCUCCUGUAGCAGCCGGGAAAUCAGCCGCAGAUGGUGCUCCGAUGAACUGUGGGCCCUCUUCGUCCACCGAAACUGUCCACAUUGACACGAUGUCGGUUCUUCAGCUUUCAAAGGAAUGCUCGCUACUCGUGAAGAGCUCGCCACCCACUGAGGUGACCUUAGAAGACGAAGGAGUGACGUCUUAUAGGCUCGACUUUCGUUGGAAAAUCGACGAGACAGUAGGGUCAAAAGUCUUUGCUUGUUAUCAUUCAGCCCUGCCUGGCGGCAUAGUCGUCAAGGCUCUUGAUUACACAGACAGGCCCAGCGGAAGAUCACCGUUGAGCGGCUGCGUGAAGAACUGGAAACGGGAACAGGCCUUAUUAGAUCGACUUGAUCAUCCCAACAUCAUCAAGUUAAAGUCUUAUGACAGCCGUAUGCUGGCAUUGUACCUUGAGCAUCUGCCACUUUCGGUCCAGCGGCAGUCACCGGUAUCCCCGGCUGUCGCUCUUACUUUACUUGGUGAUAUUUCGGCCGCCUUGAAUUAUCUGGAACGGGAAAAAAUCGUUCACAAUGACAUUAAACCUGCCAACAUCGCGUACUCUGCCGAGCGUGGCGGUGUCUUGUUCGACUUUGGAAUGGCUGCCAUUGAUGGGGAGCUAGUACUAGGUGGUACGCCCAUGUUUCUCCCCCCUGAAUACCUGUCUCAUGAAGUGUAUAAAAAAAGGCGCGGCCCACAUAGCGACAUUUGGGCACUGGGCUUAACUAUGCUCUUUUGUACGGGGAAAAUACGGUAUCCCAAGAAGAAAGUGGCGGCUAUUAAUCUGUUCAACUUGGCUAUCGAGGAUAGUGCUGAUACUCAGAACCUCAAGAACUGGCAUGCCACCAUCGACUGUGUCAGAGUGGGCCUGGCUCUAGAAGAACAAAUGGACCUGAUCAUAUAUCACAUGCUGGAGCCCAAAUUCGAAUUGCGCAUCACGGCCGCAGGAAUACUCGCCGAACUCGGACGAUACAAGGAUGUUUCGGUCAACUCAGGUAGCUCCCUCCCUUCGACCCUGGAGUCCUAA